AUGGCGCCGGUGGUCGUCAACAGGCUGAGGUCCCGGGCGCUGGGCCCCGGCGUCUUCAGUGUCUCCUCUUCGCCGCCUGCGGCAGGGCUUGCGUCUGGAGCGCCGCGGAGCUGCCAGCUGCCUCUCUUGUCCGCCCGGCGGCACGAGUCUUCCACCGCGAAAAAGCCGUUGAAAAAGAGUGACACACAGACCGACGCGUCGCUCCAGAUGCCGCUGCUGACCAGUGCAGUCUUCGCGAGGCAGCCGGCGCGCAUGCGCUGGCACGCGCCGCGCGUUCUCUGGCGGGACCCUCCCGCCCCGCCCCCCGCGAACGAGAGGAGACGCCCCGGCCGCGAGGCGCGGGGCUCCGGCGAGGCAGAGCUCGCUGCCUCGAGCCCUGUUCGCCCUCCGUCUUCUGCGCGUCCGCAAGCUUCUCUCUCCUCUGCUGGGUCCUCUGGUCCUGUUUACGGAGCCUCUCUUGGGCAAGCGACGGGGGCGUGGCGCCGCGAGGGGAGGAGGAGCCGAGACCUGGAAGUCCUCCACGACGAGGAAGGCGAGAGGCAAGAGGCGAGGAAGAACAGGGAGAAAUCGUGGGAUAGCACCCCGGCAGCGAGAAGGGGAGACCGCUCGGGCGGGAGGGAACCCGAAAAAAAUGUGCGUUCUGUCACCUCGUCUCUUUGUCGAGAGGCCGCGCGCCAUGCUUCAACCGGAGACACCUCUCUCUUCCUCACAACGCUCUCUGCCGCCGCGCAAAGCGCAGAGCGCCCCAUUGAGGUCUCGCAAACGCUCCACGUCCUCGCAAGCGCUUUCAGUUCGAAGAAGGGCAAACGGGCGUGUGUGUCUUCUUUCUCUUCUGUCCCUCUCGGUCCUCGGGAUCCGUCAGUUGCUGCGGAGAGUGGGUGCACGGCGGGGCGAGCGAGAGAAGAAGGAAGCACCAAAGAAGGCGAGCUUCCUGGGGAAGUCGCAGGGAUUCUCCGCCUCCUGACCGAGAAGGCAACUCAGCGCCUCGACCUCAUGGAGCCGAAAUCUGUCUGCAUCGUCGCUUCGUCGUUUACGCUGCUGCGGCGCUAUCCGCCGCCGGAUCUCGCUGCCGGGUUGGUGCGGAGUUUUUCGAGUUUUCUCCCUUUUUCUGCGAACGGCCACGAUCUGACGUGUGUCGCGUCCUUCUUGGCGACCUUCCCGCUUCAGAUCUGCGAGACCAUCGACACGGUCAACGCCGCUCAAGCGUCUCUGCUCUCUCUGUCUCCUGCUCCGUCUCCUGCGCCGUCUCCUGCUCCGUCUCCUGCGCCGUCUGCUGUCUCGACUUUCGCUGCCCCCCCUGCCUCCGCGGCGACAAGCCUCGCGUCUCCUCCCCACUGUCUUUCUUCUUUGCCGUCGGUCCUGCCGCCCUAUCCUGCCCUGUGGGCGCAGCUGCUGAGGCGUCUUCCGCACGAGCUCGCCUCGCUCUCGUCCAUCGCCGUCGCAGGCAUCUUGCACGCGUCCGCUUCGUUGUCUCUGCGUCUGUCUGCUUCUUCCUCCGCCCCUCUCGUGCCCGAGGAGGAGGCGGGGGGUCUCGCGGCGCCGCCGUGGCCUGCGCUGCUGGAGCCCCAGCGCGUCCUGCACCGAGCGAUCGUUCUGCGCCUUGCGGAGCCGCCGAGUUCGGCGCGCGCGUCCCCGCCGCGCCCGGCGGCCGCGCCAGAAGACGCGCCGCCCGCCAGUCUCUCGCCGCUCGCGCCGCACUGGGGCAUUCUCCAGGCGCAGGAUUGCGUUCUCUCUCUCCACGGGAUCGAGGGCUCUCCGCGCGACCCCCGCCACAGGGCGCGUGGCGACCGGCAGACGCGAGACGCGGCUGUCGACAGCUGCGCGCCCGCCGUAGCAGCUUGCGGCUCAGAGGCCUCCGCAGUCUGCAGCGGAUGUCCCCCGUCUGCUUCGCGGCCUGCAGCGGUGCAGUGGCUGUCACGGCUGCUUGGCCUUGUGCAGGAGCAGCUGCUGAGGCGCCUGCCGCAGAUUCUGGGAACAGCGAAGCCGAAGCAGAUUUCAAACAUUGCUCACGAUCUCCAGUGCCUCGGCUUGCUCGCCCCCCGCCACGCGGCGGCCUCCGCGCCGCCCUUCGUUCCUUCCUCUCCAUCCUCCUCUCCUUCAUCGACCUCUGCGCUCUCCUUUGCGUCUCCUGCGUCUGCGUAUUCUUCUUCUGCGCUGCCUGCGUGGCUCUACGCUCCGCCGCCUGCGUCGGGCCUGACGCUUCUCGACCAGCUGCUGGACGCUGCGACGGCUCAUCUCGCCGAUUUUUCUUGCCGAGACUUCGCAGUCUUCCUCUCGGCAGUGAGUCGCGAGACCGACGCGCUGCGGAGUGCGCAGGAGCUGCACUUCCUGAGGGCGAAGGAGAGACUGAGUGCGGCGGACGCUGCAGCCAGUGCGAGAACGGUGGCGGGUGCCGGCGGCUCCCUGCAGGGCGAGUCAGAGCCCGAGCACGCCGCUCUCGCCUCCUCUCUCACUCUCUCGCUGCGCCGCCUGGAUGGGUCGGGGGUGCUUGGCACUGCGCUUCUCGCGGUGCUGCCGCGGGCGACUGGGAAGGACCUGCGGGCGCUGCUCUCUGCGCUGCCGCGCAUCUGGGGCUUUCGAGAUCGGCACCUCGCGCUUCAGCUCAAACUCGCGUCCGCGUCUCCGGCUACCGCUCUGCCAGCCCCCGCGCUCGCCCAGGAGGGGCUAGCAGGGGACCUGCCACGCUCCGCUGGACGCCAAGGCCUAGCGCCGGCGCGGGAGCGGAAGUCGAGCUGGCUGACGAGGGGGACGGGCGGAGACCCGCUUCGCACCGGCGCGUUUGCCGGGGACGCUCUCUCCAGUCGCCAGCGGAAACAGGAGCAAGCGAUCCUCUACAGUCUCCUCCAGAACCUGCACGCCGGACGCCGCGUCCAGGAUUUGGAACCCAAAGAGCUCGCGGCGCUCGCCCUCGACGUCGCCCGUCUCAGGCCCUUCGCUGCGGAGACUAGAGGCGCGACCGCGGUCGACGACAAACAGAGCCUCGUGGAGGAGACUCUCGUCGCGAUAUGCGCCGCUCUGAAAGACCGGCUGGUCGUCUUUCAUGGCUUGCGGCUCCCUGCAGCAGAAGGCGCAAAUCGCGUCGGCGGAAACAGCGCGAACGGCGGCGAGCUCGCAGCUUGCCCAAGCGAAAGAGAAAGCCUGCUGAGAGAGCUGCGAGAAUCCGAAAUCACCGGCAGAAAGGGUCCCUGCCUUGGCGCGCAGGCGAUGACUGCACUGUUAGCUGCUUUGAUGCAAGCGUCUCCGUCGCCGAGCCAAGCUCUCCGUUUGGAGCAUCAAGCGCCGUCUCUCCUUCUGCGCGAAGAUAAGGGCCUUGCUGCCCUGCUUCCGCUUCUGUCUCGAGACCUUCUUGUGUCCCUUCGACCGCGGUGGAGCUCCAAGGCGAGUAAGGGGACCCUGUCAGGAGACACCCCACACUGCAUCGAGGCGCGGGCCUCCUCCGAUGCUCUCGCGGCGUAUGCGGCGUGUCUCUUGCGGAGGGACGCGAAGCGCGAGGAGGCGAGGGAAUGCGCCUACGCGCACGAGUUCCCAGAGGCCCCUCGGCGGACUCUUCUUUCGCAUUGCCCUUCGCUGUCUGCCGCAUCGUCCUCCUGCGCUUCGCUUGUCUUGUCUCCUGAAGACGUGGCAGAAGCGGAGCCCCCUGCGGAUCCGCAGGUGGGACCCAUCGCCCUUUCGACCGCGUGUUGGGCUCUAACGCAGUUGCGCCCGGCAAGCGUUCGUCCAACGGGGGGAAUGGGUUUUUUCAAAGACUCCGUCGCAACGCCUUCUCCAAGCGGCGAUGUGAGUCGCGUGGAGCUCGAGGUAGAAGGUCUGGGGCCAAGCGGGAAAGUUGGGCAGGAGCUCGUGUAUGGUGAGGCUGCUCAUUCGUCUUCUUCGCGCCGCCCUCUCGACGCUUCCAGCGCGUUGCUCUCGUGGGAGUCUCCCCUCCCCAUCCCUUCGUCUUUUGCUUCCUCUCCUUGGCUUUCCUCGCCUCCCGCAGUUUCCUCUGUGCCAGGCUCUCCCUCCUGUCUGUUCUCGUCGGUUCCUUCCCGUGCAAGCUCCUCCUCCUCACUCCUCGCCUGGAUUCUUCUGCGCUCGCUCCAGCAGCUUCCCGCCUUCGAGGCCCAGGAUAUCCUCGCCCUCUUUGAAGGCCUCUCUGCCCUGGGCCCCCCUCCCUCGUGCUCUCCGUCUGAGUCUGUCGUGCGCUCGCCUCCCGCUGCUGUGGAGUCGAGUUCCUGGUUCUCUGAGUUGCGCGGCUCGCCCCCCCGGGCGCCCUUGCAGGAAGAACGCAGAGGAGCAGACGCGCGCGGAGGAAACGCGAGAGAAGAGACGAGUCUGCGCUCGCAACUGUCUCUCGGAGCUCUCCCGCGGGAAGCCCUCCAAGGUGCGCUGGCGGCGUCGCUGCUCCACUGCACCGCAGACCGCUUGAGUCUUCUCGGCAAGGAAGCCAGCGAGCAAAAAAGAGGCAAAAAGAUGCAACGGGGAAAAGGCGCCUCUGCGGGUCUGCUCCAGAUCGUGGCCUUCCAAGACAAAGGCACGCAGGCGCUUUCGAAGCAAACGCGAAGAUCAGCCACCGAGCUGGAAGAGGAGGCAGGCAGUCUGCCCGCCCCGGGUGACUCCGCCGGAGGAAAAAUUGCGGUGGCGCUUCGCAGCAAAGCGCUGCGGCCAGAGGACGGCGAGCUGGCUACCACAUGGACGCCGGGGCAAGUCGCUCUUCUACUUUCCUGUUUCUCGCAUUUCGCGGCCUCGCCAGCUGUGCCCUUCAGCCCUCCUGAAUCUCUCUUUGUCCCGUUGAUGCUACACGUUCUUCUUCUUCUCCCGUCGUACAGUCUCCCCGAUCUCCUCCGCGCGCUCUCGAGCCUCACUCGCUACCCACCUUGCUUCCGCGCGGCAUUGGAGGUCGCUGGAGCGCACCUUGGAGACUCCUCGACCCGUUCGCUUGCGGGCGCCUUCUCGGAUGAGGCUCUUUUCGCGUCUUCUUCGCAGGACGGUGCUUUCCCUUCCUCGGGUGCGGAGGGCGACGUUAGCAAGCUCGAGGGGCUCCUGAACGAACUCUGGCGCCACGUGCGCUGGAAGCUGCCGCGCACAGCGCUGCCUGCUUCGCAGCUCGUCGAGCUCAGCGCGGCCUUCCUCUUCCUCGAGAAGCAGCUCGAGCGGGAGAGACGGGCGCUGUGGGGGGGGAGGCGAGACCGAGAGGAGGCGGACGAGGGGGCGGACGCAGGGCGAGACGGCGCCCGAACGAGGCCGGCGCCGCCGCAGCAACAGGGCCUCAGCCCGAGUGCCUGGAGAAAGUUCGCUCGACUCGGCGACGCCAUCCAUGACCGGUUUUCGGUCCUCAGGGUGGGCGCCGGCGAAGCGAGCGACAGGCAUGGGCGCGCAGGCGAAAAGGCGAAGUUCGAGCGAGGCGGCGUUGCGAGGGAGGGCGCCGCGACGACGCGAGCUGGUCAGUCGCGCGCCAUCGAGGAGGAACGGCGCUGCGGCAGGGAACGCAGCGAGGACGACGCGCGUCCGGAGAGACGCGAGGCGAGGGCCUUCCCUAGGCAGGAUGGGCAAGCGGCACGGACGCAAGGCGAAGACGACAUGCGCGGGCUCGAUAAGGCGAAAAGCAAGGAGCGAGAGGAGGUCUGUAGACGCACGGAGAGCGAAGAAGACUCGGUCGAGCUCUGGUGUCGCAUUCUCCACAUAUGGGGUCAAGCAGGGUGCCGAGACAUGCCGUUCCUCUCAUUUGCAGCUUCCAGGCUGAGGCGCGGCCUCCUGCACUCCGAGUUGGAGAGGGAAAACGCUCGAGAGAGGGACGCGCGACGCGCGGAAACGGCGGAGAAGGCGGUUCGAGAUGGAGGCAGAGGCCGCAGCGAAAGUGUUCCACUGGGCACUCGAUUCGAUAUGCUCUCCGACGCAGCCUUCGGCCUCGUGCGGCUCGGAUGCACGACGACGGACGCGCACCCUCAGCUGAAGGCGGUCGCGAACGACAUUUUGGGGGAAAUUUUUGGGCAGAUUUUUUCUGUUUCGAAAGGCACAGGACCACUGGCGCACGCGGAGAGUCUGGCAGCAGAGAACUCGGUCGCCGCGGCAGACAUCUCGCCGUCGGUCGGCCUGCCUUGUUCGCCGGUGUCUUCAUCUGGCGCUCUGGCGGUAUCGCAGGCGAACUCUCCGGCGUCUCCUGCGGGUUCCCCUUUUUUCUCCCCUCUUCGGGAGUCUUCUUCGCCGUCUCCGCUGUCGUUUUCCUCCUCUCCUCUUGCCUCCGUGUCGUUCGAUCGGUUGCUUCGCCUUCUCGCGACGUUCGUUCUGUGGCAGCCGGCGACGCAGCUCGACGGCCGGCGGGUCGCGGCGGCGUACCUGUCUGCGUUUCAUCGUUCUCCCGAGGUUUUCCGCAUCCUCGCCGAGGCGCAGCGCGCGUGGAGCCCGGCGGCAGGCGCGCGGAAGGAGAGGCGCAGAGGCCGGGCGAGAGGCGACCGCAGCAGCGGGAGCGAGCGCCUGAGCUCAGGCGACAGCAGACAGCAGCGCGCGGCGAAUCUACUGAAACUCUUCGCUUCGCGCUGCGUCUUCGAACUGGAUCUUUCUGCAGAGGCGAUUCUCGCCCACGGCAGACGUGCCGUGGGCGAGGGGGGGGGGGGGGGUGAAGUCCUCGACGUGUACGCGCAGCUCCUGAGGGCGCUAGAUCCCUCUCUCUGCGCGGCGAAGAGGCAUCAACAGCCGAGGAGACCGAGCCCAGCGUGGGAAGUCAGCGGCGCGAGCGAGAGGGAGGCGGGCUCGAGCCCUGCGGCAGCCCCAGGCGGAGAAGCAGCGCAGGGCGUCGCCGGCCGCCGCGGCGCUUCCGCUGGCACCAGUCCAGGAGAGACAGCCGAAGGAGACGCGCAAGACGCGACGAGAGAACUCGCGUGUCGGAUGAAGGAGCUUGACGCGCUGCGUCAUCGCCUCCGGCAUCGGGCUGUCUCGGCGGCGCGUGCGCCUGCGGGUCGUGUGCGCGAAGCGGCAGCAGACCUCGCACAGGGUGACGAAGACUCAGAGCCGAGCUCACACGGACUCAGGCAGGCCGCGCAGCAGGAGCUGCGGAGCCCGGAGGCAGAGACGCCUGAGUGGCUCUUCGCCGUCGACUCAGUCUCUGCGGCCGCACGCAGGACAGACUCGGAAGGAGACGAAAGGCGCGGAGAAGCGCACUGCCGAGGCGCGCAGACGCGCUCGCUCAGCGAGAAGGGGAACGCGCAAGGCAAAGCGAGCCCGUUUUUCGAGGCCGGUUGCCGCGAAGAUACAGAAGCCGGCGCGGGCGCAAUUGAGCGCACCGACGCACCGUCUUCUCCCUUCGCAUUCGAUGAGCGAGCCGCUGUGUUCGAUGACAGCGCCAGCGAUGACGAAGAGGCCUUGACUCUGUCCUCGCUUUCGCAGGAGUUCGCGCUGUCGUCUCUCGCGGAGGCACGAAGCGGAGACCUUCUGCGAUGCCUCGGGUCGCGAAAGUCGAUUUAUGGACUUCGCAGGCCUCAGGUGCACUCCAGCAAGGAGUCAUCUCCCUUUGCCUCAGAGUCUCCGCUCCCCGCUUCCGCUGUCUCCACUUUGACGGAGACGGAGAGGGACGUUUUGAAGCAUUUGCGCCUUCUCUCCUCGCAUCUGCAUGCCUCGUCCGAGCGACUCAGACUGCAAACGGCGGUAUACGCGGCGCCGUAUACGGUGCCUGUCAUCGAUGCGACGCACCGAAUCGCGUUUGAGGUGGGAGGGCCGGAUCAUUUUUUCCGGGAUCCAGAAGGCACAGAAGUUGAGAUCACGGCCUGGACAUCUCUGCGGCACCGCGUCCUGCGCGCUCAAGGAUAUCGCGUCGUGGCGAUUCCUCACUUCGAGUGGACUGCGUUGCCAGAUCGCCUCGCGCGGCUCCACUACCUGCGGCGCCAGCUGCUGAGGGCGCUUUUCCCCAAGGAGGCCUCUACCUAUUCUUUCGGCGCCUCCCCUUCAUCCGAGGCGAGAACUGGCCUGCGAGACGCGGAAAGCCUGACAGCCUCGCCUGCGUGGGACUUGUUUGUUCAAGGCGAUGGAGGUCCGGACGGCGGGCGAGCGGCCGCGGCGGGCGCCUCGUUUGCAGCGGAGAGAGACGAGGCAGCCUCGAGAGGAGACGGUCAGGCGGGCGGGACUGGAGCCCGAACCGCGCGAGACAGCAGGAAAGGGACAGAGCUGAAGGGAGCCCUGGAGGACGCGCGAGAAAACCUUUUUGCGAAGAUUGGCGGCAAGCGCGUGGAGAAGAGAGAGGACAGGAGAUACUGA